GGCAAAAUUACUAAUAUGUCCGAGCAGCACACUGUUCCCAGCAAACAACUCAUCCCAUCAAAGACACACACACACACACACAGAGCCAAGAACCAGAUAAUGUCUUGUGUCUCUCUGUGGCUUUCAUGCGCUUCUGAAUUCAGCAAGAACACCACAUUUACAUCAUCAAUUUCCUGGCAUCUUUCCAUCAAGAAAUGUGCAGCAGAGAGGGGAUUAAACCUGAAAUCCCCUGGAAGAGGAAAACUAUUUCCAGGAUGUAAUAACACCCGCAGGCAACAUAUGUGCAGAGCUCAUUGUUCUUCUCAAGUUCCAACCUCAAUAUCCAAGAUUUCAGAUUCAGGGUGUGUGGGAAGACUUGUGUUGGUGGAUUUGGAGCCUGGAUCAGCGAAGCUGGCAAUAGGGUUUGUUGGGCCGUUGUUGUCUGGAUUUGGGUUUCUGUUCAUAUUGAGAAUUGUGAUGUCUUGGUACCCUAAGCUGCCUGUGGAGAAGUUCCCGUAUGUGAUAGCGUAUGCACCGACGGAGCCAUUGCUGGUUCAGACAAGGAAGCUGAUUCCGCCGCUGGGUGGAGUUGAUGUUACUCCUGUUGUCUGGUUUGGGCUGCUUAGUUUCCUUAAUGAGAUAUUGGUCGGGCCGCAGGGGAUUCUUGUGCUUCUCUCUCAGCAGGUUUAGGGUUUUUGUUCUGAUGAUCCACUUCUCAUUUCUCUUUUUACAUGAUAGAGAUGAAAGAAGAGACUCAUUGCUCUAUGUAUGCCCACUUGAAAGCCUCGUCAUUCAUAUUUUGUCCUGAAAUUGCAACUUAGAUUAAGAAAAUAGAAAAGAAAAUUGAAAGCUUUAUUUGGUUUCA